UAGAUAAGAAUAGAGCCGUUUCGACGUUGAUAAAGCCACCCGUCUUUUUUCAUUUUCUGUUCUUCUUCUGAUGGUAGUAUGGCAGACAAUGGCGUUCCGCCGGAUUCGCCCCAGUCGACCCGCAGCCCGAACCGCCGCCGGCCCGAUGCCGAGUAUGACCGGGUCCGCGUGCACUGCCGAAUCCGCCCGGUGUUGGGCCAGCCUGGCCCCCGGUCGCACUUGCACUUCCAAACGGGCGGCAGCUCGUCCUCUACGGCGAAUAAAUUUGCGAGGAGCAACCGCUCGUCCACGCGGUCCUCCGCCUCGGAAGCGGGUAGUUCAUCUUCCGGUGGUGCAGCCGACCCAAAUACUAACAAGCAGGACAGCAUCACGUGCAAGACGAAGACCUACUUUUUCGACAGCGUGCUCGCCCCGGAGAUCACCAACAGGGACCUGUUCGACCACGUCGCCCAGCCGGUGUGCGACUCGGUGCUGGCCGGGUACAACGGCACCAUCCUGGCCUACGGGCAAACGGGCACCGGGAAGACUCACACGCUGUUUUCCAACCCGGACGGCGUCGUACCCGCGUGCGUGCACACGCUUUUCACGAACUCGAAUAAGGACGAGUCCAUUACCUACCUGUCCGUCGUCGAGCUCUACAUGGAGCUCGUGCAGGACCUGCUGGCCGGGUCCGCGGACGGCUUCACUGCUGGCACGGCGUACGGUGCGGGCAGUGGCGGCGCGAGCGGCAGCGCCAGUCUCGGCCUCCCGCUUUCCUCCUCGGAGGUGCGCAUCCGCGAGGACCCCCGCGACGGAAUCAUCCUGGAAAACUGCGAGCAGCUGCGCGUGCACAGCGCGGAGGCCUGCAUGCGCCUGAUCCGCGACGCCGAGCACCGGCGGGCCGAGGCUGCGACCAUGGUGAACAAGAACAGUUCCCGGUCGCACGCCGUCGUGAUUCUGAAGCGCGAGCUGCAGACCGGGGGGAGCUGCGUCCUCUCACGGUUCCACAUUGUGGACUUGGCCGGCUCCGAGCGCGUCAAGAAGACCAACGCCUGGGGACUCCGGCUCGGGGAGGCUCGGCGGAUCAACCUGAGUCUCUCCGCCUUGGGCAACUGCAUCGCGGCGCUCACCGAUGUUUCCUGCACACACAUUCCGUUUCGCGACAGCAAACUGACGCGACUGCUGCAAGACUCGCUGGGCGGCACGGCGAAAACCGCUCUGAUUGUCACGGUGUCGCCGCUCGACCGCGACGUGGAGGAGACGCAGUCGACGUUGGAAUUCGGCAGCCGCGCCAUGCGGGUGCAGAACCGACCCAAGAUUCACCAAAUCACGGACUACCGCAGUCUGGCGAUGCGGCUGCAGAUGGAGUUGGACCGCAAGGAGGACGAGCUCAGCAAGCUUCUGCUCAAGGUUUCCUCGUCCGGGGGCCCGCGGAGCAUUGCGAACAGUCCGGGCGUCACUUCUAAAGCGCCGUCCGCGGGGGCCCGGUCAGGCAGCAAGUCCUCGUCGACCCCCGGCGGGAUGGAUAGUACAACGACGGGUCCGAAGCCCUGCUGUCAGCAAGCCUUGGCGCAAGUGGAAGCGGAGUUUGCGCGGUAUCUCGAAGAGUUCGAGCAGCAGGCGGCCGAGACGGAUUCCGAAUUGCUCAAACUGCGAACCUAUGAACUGCAAAAGUGUCUGAGUCUGGAAGAAUGGAAGUUUGUCAUGCUUGUCUGAGAUGAUUCUCAAGUCUGUCAUGCACAUUACCCAAAAGCUCCAUUUUUCUGUCAUGCAGAAGCUCACUUUGUCAUGCAGAAACACCAAGACUGUAGCACCCCUAAAACUUGUCAUGCUUGCCAGUCAAUUGAGGCGUCCUCGUCUUUCUCAACCAGCAUCACAAGUUUCCAGACCCAGACAUUUUUGCAGUGCAUAGAACCCAAGUCCGCGACUUGUCCGAGCGCGAGCGCGAAGUACGCCACGGCUACGAGGACGCGGAAGGCAAGUGCGUGGAUUUGGAUAUUCCGAGUAAAAACAUCCCCACCCCAGAGUUGUCAUGCGAAUUUGCAUGCCAAAAAAGUUUCUCAUGCGAAGCCCCAUGAGAAGCUUUUUCUAAUCGCGUUUUGGGAUUUGUGAUGCUAGAAAUAGCAUGAUAGGCUAGAUCUGUGAUGCUGCUGAACUAGCUAAACAGGAUUGCACUACGAGGACAAACUUGUCAUGCGAGACAACCAAAGUUGGCCGAUUUGUCUAGCAGAUUUUCCACGUUGACUCUGGUAUGGAGACGUUUUUACUCAGGAUAUUGGAAACGCAACUCCAGGAGCGAGAAGAUAUUCUCCUCCGCAUCUCCUCACUUGCAGACGCCGCCGCGGGAGCGCACGACGUACUGAAUGACUUGGUCGAUCUUGUUGGCUUGCUUGAUCGGUCUGUUUGUUUUAUUCCCAAAACAAGUUCUUUUCAAGCGUGCGUUGAUGUCCUAUCGCGCGUCUGAUGUGCCAUUUUGUCUUUGGCUCUAGAGCAUUGAUUUAUCUCCGUUGGUGCACUCAAAAAGAAUAUCAUCGCAGGCCAGCUUGAAUACGUCAACCAGCACGGGGUUCAAAUUCGCUGAGCUUGAUGCCAAACUGGACCUUGCCGCCAUAGUCGACCGUGUGACGCAACUAAGCGAGUUCAAGAAGGAGGCCGAUGCGAAGAUUGACACACUGACGCGUCGCGAGCGGGUCGCGCAGCAGAAGUUGCAGGACGUGCAAAAGAAGGGCGUGGCGGUGCUGCGGAACACGAAGACCGUGGACAGCGCGGUAAACACUUCGCUGGAGUUUUCCGGCUACGCCGACAUGGACAAUACCCCUGCGCAGUUCCUGCGAGUGGACGUGGACAAGGCGGGCGGCCGUAACCGCCGAUAUAACCAGCUGGAGGACAGCACGAACCUGCAGAAACUCCGUUCCGAAAACGAAACGCUGCGCGUCUCCCUGUCGGAGUCCGCGGGGCGCUUGAAAUCGCAGGAGCAAACCUUGCAGGCCGAGGCGGUGGCGCUCCGCGCCGAGAUCAGAGAAUUGCAGACCGAGCGGGAGGAGUACGUCCGGAAGUGGAAGGAGGAGCGAAAAAGCCGCGCGGAGCUGCAGGAAGAGCUGCACGAGAAGGACAUGCAGGCGCGGUCCGCCACGCGGGAGCUGGAGCAGGCGAGGGAGAUGCGCGAGCAGCUCCAAAACGAGCUGGAGGCCGCGCACUAUGGAUGUGUCAGAGUUGAAAUCGACAAAGUUGAAAUACCUCAGUUGUAAUGCAUAAAAUCGAUACCAGUUGCAAGCCCAAUUUCGAAGCGGCGCAUGACAAAUUUGAGUAGAGCCGAAAUGCAGUUUGUGAUGCUGUUUGGGUAUUAAGGAAGACGCCUUUUGUCAUGCUACUUUAGCAGCUCUGUUUCUACCUCGAAACAGGCUGACAAUCUGCCUCCCUUGCCUACUCUGCAAGACAGGCAUUUUCUGCGUUGCGUUAUAUGCAUGACAAACUAUUUCAAUAUUUCAAUCCUGACACAUUCAUACGCACAGCCUGCACGAGGGCGAAAAGGUGGCCAUCACCGACAAGUACCGGUCGGAGGCUAUCGUAUUUGAAAACGUCCCCACCCCAUAGUUGUAUUGCAAAUCUGCAUGCUGAAAAUAUUUCUCAUGCGGAGCCCCAUGAGAAGCAUUUUUACUUAUUUUAUAGUUGUGUUUUGCAAUUUGAAUUUGUCUUGCUCCAAUCUGCAUGAUAUACUAGAUUUGUGAUGCUGCCAAGCUAGCUCAAACAGCACUACACUACGACUCCAAAUUUGUCAUGCAAGACAGCCAAAGCUUGUGGAUUUGUCUAGCCGAUUCCCCAUCUUGACUAUGGGGUGGGGACGUUUUUACAUAGGAUAGAGGCGGACCAGCGCUGCGCGCUUGCGGAACGCAAAGUGUUGGAGAAGCACCAGGCCAUGGAGGUGUACGAAAAAAACAUCCAACGGCAGCUGGCCGAGUUGGAGCAGAGCUACGAAACCAGACACGCGGAGUACGAAAAGCGCUUCCAGCGCGAGCGCGAAAGCCUCUUACAGCACCAGGAAAACUUGCAGGCCGAGUACAGCAAGCACGUGCACGAGGCGCAGGAAAAACUCUUGGCGCGGGAAAAAGAGUUGCAAAACAGUCACAGUGAGUUGUUACUCCAGAACGAAAAGCAACUCCGCGAAGAUCUGCAGCUGCAGUACGAUCGAACACUGGCGACGCGGGAGGCGGAGGUACUGGGGUGUUGUAUCUAGUAAAGUAUUGUUGGUAUAAUUUCAAGUCAAAAUUUUGGUAUCCCCUUUGCGCACGCCGGUUUUGGUGUUGUUUGACUGUGUCGUAUAAUUUCGAGAGCGAACAAUUCCUUCGUGAUUUUUUCUACGCAAACACGACAGCAUCGAGAGCAGCUCUCUGCGGCCCUGCAGGCAGAACGGGUGGAGCAGGCUCGACACUGGCAGACCGAAGUGGACGCUGCGGAGCGUCGCGCCCGGGAGGCCGUGGAGGUGGCGCAGAAGCGGUUCUCGGACGUGGAACUUCCUGAGCGGGUGAAGGCGGAGCGAACACGACUGCAACACGAGGCGGACCGCGACCGCGACCGUUUUGAGGUGGAGAUUCGCACGGAACUGAAGAAGACCAGCGACGAAGCUCUGCAGUGGGCCCUGGAGAAGCGCGACAAGGAGUGGGAAAAGCGGCAGGAGCAACUGCGGCAAGAUCUCGCCGGGGACCUCGAGCGGGAGUUGGCCGCCAGCCAGGCGGUACUGGAGAAGCAGUUCGAAAAGCAGAGACUGGAGCAGCUCGCCGUUAAGGCAGAUGAGUGUGAAGCGCGGCUCCGCAAAGCCGGAGAGGCGCACGCCGUCGAACUCGCGGAAUCGCGGGGCGUCUUGGAAAGCGAAAAGGCGACGGCGCUGGCACAGCUGCGCACCGACUAUGAGAAGCGCGAGGCCGACCUUCGCGAGCGCUUUCUGAUGCCGCUGCAGGAAGAGCAAUCCGCGACCGAGAGUCGUUUGCAGACGGCACUGGGUGAAAAGUCUCUGACCGAGACGCAGUUGCAGGUGGUGCGCGAAGAAAAGGACGCGGUAACUCGGGAGAAAGACGCACUGCAACGCGAGUUGGAUCAGGUCCGUGGACAGCUCGCGAACCAGUCCAGCACGGCCGAAACCCAGUCGAGACAACUGCAAGACGAGCUCGACACCGUGCGAGGCUUCAACGAGGAGCGGCAAGGUGAACUGCUGAAGCUGCAGCAGAAACUGGCGGAGCGCGAGGAGCAGCUGACUACGUUCCAAACAGAACAGGACGCGAAAUUGCGUGCGCUGCAAGACGAACUCGCGGAACAGGCGCUCGUGCACGAGGAGAUGGAAAACGAUCUGCAAUCGCACACGCAAAAGCAGAAGACUCUCCUCGACUACUGCCAGGCACACGGACUGGAGUGCAGCUCCCUCGACGACGUGGCCGCCGAGUUACAGCGGCUUGCCAACGUGGACCAAAUGCUGCAGGACUCCGAGGCCAUGGUGGCCACCCUGCAAGAGUUGCAGACCGUGCAGCUCGACAAAAUUCAGGCUUUGUCGUCCGUUCAAGAAGAAAAGAGCACCCUGGAACAAGAAGCCUUGCUCGCACGGGAGCAGCAGCAGGAGGUUGAACUUUCGCAGCUUCGGGAGGAAGUGCAACACGUCCGCGAGGAGCUUGCAGUGGAGCGCGAGGGCCGCGCGCACGACAUGUCCGUCGCCUUGGAAGAGCACGACGCAAACGUUUCAAAACUCGAAGAGAAGCAACGGGCAGAAACAGCAGAACUCGCGACCGUCGUCCGCGACGCAGUGAAAGCCUUCCGCCGGGAAAUUAUGCCAGGGCGCAGCAGCAGCUUCAACAAUAGCGAAGAAGUAAAACUGGACGCAGUAGACGCGACGAGUGACGUGCCAGCGCUGUUGCGCGAACUGCAAGUCUCCUACUCGUGGCGCUGUGAGGACCUGGAGAAGCAGCUUGCCAGAGCCCUGUCCGCGUCCGAGGAGGACAAGGCAGACCUCGCAAAGCGCAUCGCCGCGCUGGAAGCCGAAGCGAAGAAGGCGGCGGAAGAAAAUGUUGCGAGUUUGUAUGAACGCGAGAAGGAACUGACCGAAGAGCGGAACCGCAUCGUGACGGACCUGAAGAUGGAGUGCGCGCGCGAAGGCAAGGAGCGCGACGCGUACUGGGAAAAUGAGCUGGCAACCCUGCGCAACGAAAUGACCGAUCUUGCGGGCCUGGACAAAACGACGCUGGAAGCACAGCACGCCGCGGACCUGGAAAGAGUGAGAAAGGAGCACGUUGGGGAAGUAAACCGAAUGGAAGAAACGCAUCGCGUCACCGUGGAAGAGCUGCGCAGCGCGUUGACCGCCACCCGGGCAGGAGAUGCAGAGGAAAUAUCGGCAUUGAAACUGGACCAUGCCACAGUGCUCCGCGAAAAAGAGGAAAGCCACGCAGAAGCAGUUGCGGAACUCAAAAGAGACCUCGAUGAAAAGGUUGCGAAACUGAAUGAAGACAUCGCUGCUGCGCAAGCGCGUUCGGAGCAGGAAAAGGCCGAGCUGAUCGCCAAGCACGCGAACGAAAAGCUCUGUUUCGAGCAGCAGGCACUGGAGGAAAAAGAGAAGGUUGAAUCCGAGUGGAAGCGGUGCCUGGAAGAGGAAACCGCGUGCGUGCGGCUCGCGUUGCGCGCGGAGCUGCAGGCCGACACGGAGGACAUUUUGCGACGAGAAGUUGAGCACGAGCGCGAUGCCCUGCAACUGGAGCACGACAAAGCCGUCUCGCUGCUGCGGACCCAGCUGGAAGAAGUGAAGGCCAAACAGGAAAACGAAUACGCGCAGGUGCAGCAGAGUCUGGCGCAGGAACGCGAGCAGGGCGAAAUUCUCUCCGCGGAGCGAGGCCGCGUUCUGGACGAAUUGGCAAACGCACUUGAGGACAACAAACGUCUAAUGGACAAGCUGGACGAGCAAAGCCAGGAACUCGUGAGCGCGAAGGAGGGCGACGAGGCCGCAAGAGCUGCGCUCGCGGAAGCACACAGGCUCGCACUGGACAAGCUGGAACAGCAACGUGCCGCGGAAAGCGCAACUGCCACGAAGGAUGCCCUGGACGCACAGAAAAAACUUGGGGACACCACAACGAUGCUCAACGAGCUCCGCGAGAAAUACUCCCUGGAACUGCGACAGAAGAAGCAGGACCGCGUGGAUGCCGAGUCGCGGGUCGAUGAGGCCCAGCGCCGCACCGCGGUCGCGGAGGCAGAACUGAAAACUGCAAAGGACUCUCUGCAGGUUUUGUCACAGGAGAAACUUGCGCUGCAGGAGACGACGCAGAAAGACGAGGUAUCGCUCUUGCAAUUACGAACAGAACUGUUGCAGGUGCAAAACGAGAAGCAGCAGCAGUUGCAGCUGCAGCUGGAAGAGCAAGACCAGGAACACGGCCGGCUUCGCGAUGAGCUCGCUGUCAGAGAACAAAAUUUGGCAGAUGUGCGACAGGAGCUCGAGGUGCGACAAGAGGAAUGCGAUAAGCUGGUCGCGCAGCUCGAGAAAGAAAACGCGGAGUUGCUGCAAAACAGCACGAAGGUACUUUCGAAGAUUCUGGUUGCUUUUGUAUCUUCGAAUUGAGGAUUUUGACGCUGGACUUUUGAAAACAAGGUUUCUUCGUCCGCAGAAAGCCCGAGAAAAAUCUUGAACCCUUUAUAUCAAUUAGGUUUUCAGUGAGCAGAAGGAGGAGCUGUUGCAGCGGGAAGCCGCUUUCGACCGCGCGAUUGAGGAAAAAACAACUCUGAUUUCCGAUCUGGAGGAAGAAAUCGAGGCACGAGAACAGGAAUUUUCGCGAUCAAAGGCAGAUCUAGCCCAAAUGGAGGAGAAGCGAGUUGCUGAUCGCGCCGAAGUUUCGGAAAAGCUCCUGAUUCUAGAGGACCGCGUCGCCGAGCUGGAAACGGAACUAGAGCGCCGCGAACAGGCUCUGGCAAAGCAAAAAGCCUUGCACGAAACCGCAUCUAGCACCCUGCUGGCGGAAAAGCAGACGGCAAUUGACCUACUGGAAAAGCGCAACGCAAAUCUGAGGACGGAGAUCCAGAAGUUGCAGAGCUCCGCUGAUAUGAAGGAAAAGGAGUUAGACGACGCGGCCGAGGAGCUCGGGAUCGCGCGCUCCGCUCUAGAAAAGCGGGAAAAGCUCGACAAGGGAAAGUUUGACGAGCUGCAAACCGGGCUGGCGGACGCUUUGGAGCAGGUGGUCACCCUGCAGGAAAACGAGCAGACUCUGGAGCUGAAGCUGGCGACCCGCUUGGAGGAGCUGGAACUACUGCAAACGCACUUUUCACAAAAGCGGCGUGAGAUCGACCUGCUGGACCGGGAAAACCUGGCGUUGAAGUCCGAGAUCGACACGCUCAAGUCCUACAAUUCCGACCUGGCACACGAGAAGCUGAGUGCCGAAAAGCGGUGCACGGAGACGAAAUUGGACACGCUGAACCGGUCGGAGGCCGAGCUGCUCGUCUUGCGGGAACAGCGCGACCACUUGCAGGCGCGGGCGGACAAGGCAGAAUUAGACCUGGGGCUGGAGAAAAAGGCGAAGACGCUGAUCGAAACUAGCAAGGACGCAGAAGUGGCGGCGCUGAAAACCGAACUGUCCUGCGUGCGCACGUCGCUGCAGGAGGCGAAAAGCGAAGUGAGUAAAAAAGAGCAGCUGUUGUGGGAGUACCGCAAGCGCCUGAAGAAGUCGGCCUGCGCGCUGGACGCGGUCAGCGAGCAAAACGAGCAGAAAAGCCAGGAGGUCGCGAAGAAGCAGGAGGAGGACGAACAGCGGUGGCGAUCCCAAGUGCAGGAGGUGGCCGACUUGCUGGAAGCGGAACGCGCGCAGUGGAAGGGCAAAGAGCGCGGCCAUGCGGAACAAGUGGAAACCCUGGAGCUGCAACUGUCCGAAGCACACGAGCAUCGACGGCAGCGCGAGGAGGAACUCACGGGCUUGAAAACGGAACUGCGAACCGCGCGGCACGAAAAGGCCUCCGUGGAGAAAAUGCUGCGGCAGACGAAGGCGAGACUCCGCACCGACUCCAUCUUCAAGUCGCUGUCCCCCGAGCGGAUUCACCCGAAGGAACGCUACAGCAACUUGCAUCCGGCGGAGGAGUCCAGCAUUACUAGUAUUCUGGACCGCAGUUAUGCGACGCUGGAACAACCGUCGCACUCGUCGUCCCGCGCGCCGGCGUCGUCUGGUUUCAUUCCAGACGGGUCGAAAACGAAAUCAGCCGCCAGCAACAAGCCCGCUGCACCCGCGCCUCUCACACUGUCUGAAAUGCUGGCAAAGUCGCCAACGCCGCUGCGAAGACGACGUGCUGACGUAGCCGAGCGGGACCACUACGACCAGGAACUAACAUCGGCUGAUCAAGGCAUAGGCACCGCCGGAGCCGUAGAUCAGUCCUUUGUCUCCAGAACGUCUUCGAAGUACCGCGUUGCGCGCUCGAUUUCCCCACGCGUCGAGAACGAUAGGGUGCUUGCAUCCACGUCCUCCGCGAACAAUCGGGUCGCGAAAACGCGCGCGAAGGAGCUGGGUCACAGGGAAGUUCAGUCGCAGAAAGGAAUCCAGAUUGCGGACCUGGUGGCGGCCGCGAGCAAGUCGCAGAACAUUUCCGGUCUGGAAGAUCUGCAGGCCCUGUACAAGCACUUGGACGCAGAAGAAGUGGACAAGGCGUUGCACGGAACGUUGACGGCCAUCGAUAACAGUUACGCGGCUUCGUUUGCCGCGGACCAGACACCUUCGAAGUCCGCGUAUGAGUUGGAGAAAGCCGUGAAACGGCUCAAGUCCGCACUACGAAAAUAGUAGGGGAAGCUAUGAUUUGACUCUCUUUCUCAUAAUGACGUUACUGCAGAGCUUUUCUUUUCUAUCGAUCCAACACAUGGUGUGAUCUCUCUUUUCUACUUCUGCGCUUGAACAGCUACAAUUCUGCAUCUCUUUGCUGUACUACCGGCAUUUUGCGACUCUUCGCAAGAGUAAAAAUCCACGACAUUUGUAAAAGGUUAUGUGUGCGACCCAGAAGCGUCC